GACAGCCGCGGGGCUCGGAGCGGCCGCCUGCAGGGACGCGCGGGGAGGAAGGAGAGCCGCGAGGUGGAAGCCGCGGACAUUUUUUUUUUUUUUCCCCCCUGCCGAAGCGAACCGGGCCGUGGCGUUUGGGACUUGCGGUCUGGCCACAGAUAAGGGACCAAAAUGACCGACUCAAAAUACUUCACCACGACCAAAAAAGGGGAGAUCUUCGAGCUGAAGGCAGAGCUCAACAGUGACAAGAAGGAGAAGAAGAAGGAAGCCGUAAAGAAAGUGAUCGCAUCAAUGACUGUAGGCAAAGAUGUCAGUGCCCUCUUCCCCGAUGUGGUGAACUGCAUGCAGACGGACAACCUAGAGCUAAAGAAACUGGUGUACCUGUACUUGAUGAACUAUGCAAAGAGUCAGCCCGACAUGGCCAUUAUGGCCGUCAACACCUUUGUGAAGGACUGUGAGGACCCCAAUCCUCUCAUCCGAGCCCUGGCUGUGAGGACCAUGGGCUGCAUCCGAGUUGACAAGAUCACAGAGUACUUGUGCGAGCCACUCCGGAAGUGCCUGAAGGAUGAGGACCCUUAUGUGCGCAAGACAGCAGCUGUAUGUGUGGCCAAGCUGCAUGACAUCAAUGCCCAGCUGGUAGAGGACCAGGGCUUCCUGGACACCCUUAAAGACCUCAUCUCUGACUCUAACCCCAUGGUAGUGGCAAAUGCAGUGGCUGCCCUCUCAGAGAUUGCAGAGUCUCACCCCAGCAGCAACCUGCUUGACCUGAACCCACAGUCCAUCAACAAACUACUGACAGCCCUGAACGAGUGCACUGAGUGGGGCCAGAUCUUCAUUCUGGACUGUUUGGCCAACUACACGCCCAAGGACGACCGUGAGGCCCAGAGCAUCUGUGAGCGGGUCACUCCCAGGCUCUCCCAUGCCAACUCGGCAGUGGUGCUGUCUGCUGUGAAGGUACUCAUGAAGUUCAUGGAGAUGCUGUCCAAGGACCUGGACUACUAUGGCACCCUGCUCAAGAAGCUGGCCCCGCCGCUGGUCACCCUGCUGUCGGCAGAGCCAGAACUGCAGUAUGUCGCCCUGCGCAACAUCAACCUCAUUGUGCAGAAAAGGCCUGAGAUCUUGAAGCAUGAGAUGAAGGUCUUCUUUGUGAAGUACAAUGACCCCAUCUACGUGAAGCUGGAGAAGUUGGACAUCAUGAUCCGCCUGGCCUCCCAGGCCAACAUCGCCCAGGUGUUGGCAGAACUCAGGGAGUAUGCUACAGAGGUGGAUGUAGAUUUUGUACGGAAGGCUGUGCGCGCCAUUGGCCGCUGCGCCAUCAAGGUGGAGCAAUCUGCAGAGCGCUGCGUGAGCACGCUGCUCGAUCUCAUCCAGACCAAGGUCAACUACGUCGUACAGGAAGCCAUUGUGGUCAUCAAGGACAUCUUCCGGAAGUACCCCAACAAGUAUGAGAGUGUGAUUGCCACACUGUGCGAGAACUUGGACUCCCUGGAUGAGCCUGAGGCCCGGGCAGCUAUGAUCUGGAUUGUGGGCGAGUAUGCUGAGCGGAUUGACAAUGCAGAUGAGCUGCUGGAAAGCUUCCUUGAGGGCUUCCAUGACGAGAGCACACAGGUCCAGCUGCAGCUGCUGACAGCCAUUGUGAAACUCUUUUUGAAGAAGCCAACAGAGACCCAGGAGCUGGUGCAGCAGGUCCUCAGUUUGGCCACUCAGGACUCAGACAAUCCAGACCUUCGGGACCGUGGCUACAUCUACUGGCGCCUGCUCUCCACGGACCCUGUGGCUGCCAAGGAGGUGGUGCUGGCUGAGAAGCCUCUCAUCUCCGAGGAGACAGACCUCAUUGAGCCCACACUGCUAGAUGAGCUCAUCUGCUACAUUGGCACACUGGCCUCUGUGUACCAUAAGCCACCCAGCGCCUUUGUGGAGGGCGGCCGGGGUGUGGUGCACAAGAGCCUGCCGCCCCGCACUGCCUCGAAUGAGAGCACAGAGAGCCCCGAGGCACCCCCUGCUGGAGCAGCCCCUGGCGAGCAACCAGAUGUCAUCCCUGCCCAGGGUGACCUGCUGGGUGACCUCCUCAACCUGGACCUUGGCCCUCCUGUGAGCGGCCCACCCCUGGCUGCAUCCUCAGUGCAGAUGGGAGCUGUAGACCUUCUUGGAGGUGGCCUUGACAGCCUGAUGGGGGAUGAGCCUGAAGGGAUCGGGGAUACCAACUUUGGGGCACCCCCAGCAGCAGCACCAGCACCAGCCAGACUAGGUGCACCCAUCAGCAGCGGCCUGAGUGACCUCUUUGACCUGACUAGUGGUGUGGGCACCCUAUCAGGAUCCUAUGUAGCUCCCAAAGCUGUCUGGCUCCCCGCCAUGAAAGCUAAAGGCCUGGAGAUCUCAGGCACCUUCACCCGCCAGGUAGGCUCCAUCUCCAUGGACUUGCAGCUGACCAACAAGGCUCUUCAGGUCAUGACAGACUUUGCCAUACAGUUCAACCGGAACAGCUUUGGCCUGGCCCCUGCGGCCCCACUCCAAGUGCAUGCACCACUCAGCCCCAACCAGACUGUGGAGAUCUCCUUGCCUCUUAACACGGUGGGCUCAGUCAUGAAGAUGGAACCUCUGAACAACCUUCAGGUGGCUGUGAAGAACAGCAUUGAUGUCUUCUACUUCAGCACCUUGUACCCGCUGCACAUCCUCUUCGUGGAGGACGGGAAGAUGGACCGGCAGAUGUUCCUGGCCACGUGGAAAGAUAUUCCCAAUGAGAAUGAAGCCCAGUUCCAAAUCAGAGACUGUCCCCUCAAUGCAGAGGCCGUGAGCAGUAAGCUGCAGAGUAGUAACGUCUUCACCAUCGCCAAGAGGACCGUUGAGGGCCAGGACAUGCUCUACCAGUCCCUGAAGCUGACCAAUGGCAUCUGGGUGCUGGCAGAGCUGCGGGUCCAGCCAGGCAACCCCAACCUCACGGACUUGGAGCUGUCCUUGAAGUGUCGAGCACCAGAGGUUUCCCAGCACGUGUACCAGGCCUACGAGACCAUCCUCAAGAACUGAGGCCCCCCAAAGCAUCCACCCCAGGCUGCUGCCAGUCCCGUCAUGGAAUCCCCUGGGGAUGACAGCGCUUCCUUGACUAAUAGGGAGGGCCGGGUGGGACUCCUGACAACCCAGGAGGCUCCCCUGGUUCUGAGUGUGGGGGCCUGGAGCAGGGCUGCACCCCUUCCUGAGGUGAGAUCUCACUGUGCCCGUCCUCCAGCAGCCCUUCUUUCAUUGCUACUCAUGUGGAACCCAGUGAGGAGCGAUCAAGAGACAGCUCCGCAGCAGCAGAAGCUGGAUGGGAGGGCGGCCACGCGUGCUCUUCUCCUUGUGCCCAGGAGCGAGCUCCCAGCGUCCCAGCUCCUGCCCUGUCCCACGGCCACCUCGAGCCUGUCAUGAGUGUGUGAGCAGGCCCCUGGGUGCCAAUAGAGCUCUUUUGUCAAGGUCUUGGGACUCGAGGGGCUGGAUUCGGUGACAGGCAGAGCCGAGAGGACCAGUCUGGGCCUGCACCACCCACACUGGAUCCACCACUCAGUGCCCUGUGACCACUAACAUGGUCCUGAACAGACAGAGGCCCCUGGAGUCCCUGCCCAGGAUCCCGCUCCCCCAGCAGCUGCACUGUUUCCCUCUUCCCCAUGCCCCUGAGGAUGGUCACUACCCACAGUACAUUCCUUGGUGUCCCCUCAGCAAGUCUGGGGCUCUUGGGACACAGGAUGGAGGAUGGGGCAGCAGGAGUGGGUGUACUUCCUGUGUAGGGCUCUGAGGUACCCUGGCAUCUGCUACCCUUCCCCGGCUCCCAAUCUCCGUGUAUCUGGCAGCGCAGUAGGUUUUCCUGUCACUGCUGUUUGAUAAUAAAAAGAUUCUGCUUUUGGCAGUCACGGACACUUCUUUCCCUCCACAAAUAUCAGAAUAAGAAACUUCCUCAGAGGGGGCAGGGAUGUUGUCUGAACCCCUGCAGUAACUGUAUCUAAUAUAUACAGAGAGAAUAUAUAUUGUAUGUUUACUCUUAUUUUCAAGAAGAGAAACAAUAAAAAUGAUGACAUCAA